GUCCACGCCGCACUCAGCUCCAUCACUCCUCUACGUACUAUAUGGCCGCUACCUGUAUAUAUAUACAUUUGCUCCAUUAUUCACAUCUAACUGAAGCAGUAUUUCCACUAUCACAUUCAUCUAAUCAUCACUCUCAAGAGAUCAGAUCGAUCCAAAUGGAGUUUUCUAAUCAUCACUUCAUAGUUCCCAUCUCCAUCAUCAUCACUGCUUUAGCCAUUACCAUUAGAGAAACGGCAUCCCAAACUCUUCUCAAUGGUAAUAAUGUGGCCGAAACCCCGACACCCCAAGGCGCCGGAUAUUUCGUGGCGAAACCCCCGAGGCGCGCCGGGUCACCGAAAUCGACCAUAGGUUCACAGAAGUCCGCUGUCAUCAAUCAGUUCGUUGACGGGCACAACCGGGCACGAGCGUCCGUGGGCGUUCCCCCGGUUUCGUGGAACGAGUCGGUUGCGGCGUACGCGGAGGCGUACGCCGCGCAGAGGGCGGGCGACUGCGAGAUGGAGCACUCGGAGGGGCCGUACGGGGAGAACAUCGCGGAGGGGUACGGGGAGCUGAAGGCGUCGGACGCCGUGAACAUGUGGGUGGGGGAGCGGCCGUACUACGACCACGCGUCGAAUUCUUGCACCGGCGGGGAGGAGUGCGGGCAUUACACGCAGGUGGUGUGGCGGGACACCACCAGUAUCGGUUGCGCCAGGGAAGUGUGCCGUAACGGCUGGAUGUUUGUCACCUGCAACUAUUACCCACCGGGCAACUAUAUCGGGGAACGUCCUUAUUAGUUUUUCACCCAAUAGAGUAAACCGUAAAUCGUAUUACUAUUGUUUUUUCUUUUAGUUACUACCGUAUUUUUACUUCGGUGGCAGUUCUUUGUCAUUAGUUUCUAGGACAAUGAUACUUAAUCCUCAUUACUUAAUAAGUUAUAAAUUCAUUUUAUGGUAAUUAUUACUAGUAUUAUUAUGAUCGACCUGGUUGUGGAAUGCUACACAUUUUAAACAUACUGUUAUACUAAUAUGCCUAUUAAGUGAA